UUUUCAGGUUUUCAAUUAUCAUAUGUGGAUAUAUUAUUCAUUCAUCACAUAUAUGUAUAGUAUUCGUAUAUCUACAUCGACUGGAGUAUGUUCAAAUGCAAGCAGCCCCUUGAAAUGCUGUCUAAACUAUCGUGUCGUUGGAAACUCCUGUGUAGAAUGUUGGCCAGGAACACAUGGCGUAGAUUGUAAGUACUUCUGCCCGCCUAGUUUCUACGGCAAAUCAUGCUUAAGGAAAUGUGAUUGUGAACCAUGUGAUAAAGUCACAGGAUGCUUAAAUGCCACUGAUGAGACUGGUCCUAAGAAAGACGAAAGUCCGACGAAUUCUGCAUUAUGGCUUACAUUGUCCGUUUCGGCAUCUUGUAUCGUAACCUGUUUUAUUUUUGGUCUAAGAAUCUUCUAUAAGAAUAUACUAAGAGAACGUAUGCUGACUAUAAAACCUUCUGAUCUGGAUGAAUAUGGUUCCAAAAAUCAAAUGGCUCCAUUAGAAAAUAGUAGAUUUAGUAUAUCGAAAACGCCGAGGACAAUUGAUUUAUCUCAAACAUAUGACACAGAGACAAGCUACGGCAAAUGUCAAACUACAGUUUCAAACAACAUGACAGAAACAACCUCACGAAAUGAUUAUGGAUGUGACGACUCUAUGGAUGGAGCUUACAAAAUUCUAAAAGUUACAGUGUCCGAUAAAAAUGAACACAUGCAAAUCCCGAAUAAAACUUCAACUCCUUUGGAAAUACAAAAACAUACAAACGUACAUGAGGAUACAUCUCAGAUGGCGUCCUCAGUUUCAAACAUUGUUAAAACAAAGAACCAUGAAUCAAAACCUUCAAUCCAUCGAGAGAAAAAGAAACAUCAGAAGGAAUUAUUACGGGCACUGGAUGAAUUCAAACAGGGAAGCACUAGAGAUAGGAAAAAACUUAGGUAUAGCUUUACAAAAUCAACAGAACUGUUCUGAUAUAUACUUCACGCGUUAUUUCCUUAUUGUGAAUUGAUAUUGACAUCAAUUUUUCUGUGAAAUGACAUAUGUUAUAUGCAUAACAAUUAAUAAUAAUUUACUGUUUAUGAGAACAUCAUGGGUUUUUAAGGAUGUCCUAUGAUGCUAUUCAUAGACAUUCUAUCAGAUUGGUACGUGUAUGCGCAUAAAGUUAAUGAAUGUGUGAAAAAAAUGUUAGAUUGACUCGUGAUUCAUUUGUACAUGUAUUUUUCUCAAAGAUCAAAUUGGUGAAAAACAUGGUUAAUUAAUGUAAAUUUGUAUAAUAGUACCUAUUUUUUCAUUGGAAAACAAAUGCUUCUCUUAACACUUUUCUUCAUCUAAAUAUCACCAUUUUCAUAAAUAUGAUAACAAUUGUUUGUAAAGACACCGUUUACUGUAUUAAAAGACAUUUUGUUACGUUUAACAAACUAAGAUUUGUUUGUGCUUUUGUUGAUGAUCAUCAAAAAUAGUUUAUCAUAAAAGAACAAGUUUAUUUUGAUAUAUGAAACAACGUUUUUAUUUUCAAAUUUUGUCAAUGUAACGAUGUAUUCAUUACUGAUACAAUAAAACAAUAUAUGAACGGAUAUAGAUUUGAGCUACUAAGAAUGAGCCAUCACCACCCUUACAACAUUUAAAGAAUCAAUGAAUAGAUAAAUAACUAUAUGAUGAUAGGAAAAUGAAGCCUGAUAGUGAAAUUUUAACAGCUGGUGCAAUAAUUCCUUUGUAACAUAUAAUUCUAAAAUGUAACAAAUAACAUAUCUGAUUUCCAAACAUGAAUUAAUGGAAACAAAACAUAAACAUUAUUGUGUUGUUAAAACUUACAAUGCACCAUAUUUUUAAAAAUUCUGUGCAAAAUCAUACAAAGCAGUGACUCUCCUUAAUUUCAUAUCUAAACAAAUCAUAAAUUCUACAGAGUGAAAACUUCCUCACUUAUCCAUAGUUAUUAUAAUAGAUUGACAUAACAAGGCUCUCAAAACUCUUUGAAUGUCAUACUUUGAUAAAAGUACUUUAAGUGAUUGUAGUUAUCGUAUUGUCCGCUGUCGAUUUCAAUCAACAACUUCGUUGCUUUCACUCUGGUCACGUGUUUCCGUUGCUGACAUUUGCUCGUCAUCAUUGACAGGAAAAUUCAAGAGAAAAAGUGCGCGGAUAUUCUCCAUAUUUUCCUGUGUCGCAUCAUCUGCCUCAACAGUUUCUGAUUCUUCUCCGGACCCUACAUUUAUGGUCGGGAUCGGCAGAAGACUAGACAUAUCAGGUGUCCGAAUUACCCCUACGUUUCGUUGCGUCGUUCUCGUCCAUAGUUUGGU